GGACGAAAGGUGGCUGUGAUCCUGACUUCUGAUAUGACCGAUAACCUGUCACUCCUCGUUAGUAAGAGGAAAGAGUGCGGGGUAUCUGAAAACAAUAUGUACCUUUUCGCCAUUCCUUGUAGUGAUGGUCACUACAGAGGGCAGUUUGGUCAGUUUGCAGAUGCUUGCGGAGCUGAACAUCCUCAGAACCUCAGAUCAACUAACCUUCGCAAACAGAUUGCCACGAUAAGCCAAGUCAUGAACUUGAAAGAUAAUGAACUAGACCAACUGGCCGAUUUCCUCGGCCAUGACAUUAGGGUCCAUAGAGAAUGCUAUCGACUGCCCCAAUCAACAAUUCAGCUGGCUAAGAUCUCCAAGUUGCUCAUGGCCAUGGAGAAGGGAAGUGUGAAGGAUAUUCAAGGAAAAACUCUGGAUGAAAUUGGUGAUGACAUAGAUGGGAUGGCUACUGGAUCACAGCAACUCCCUGAUGCUUCCACAUUGCGAGAAAAAUCUAUCAAUGACAAUGAAGAAAUAUUAACUUCUGUGACUUCUGAUUUGCCUCACUUCUCCGAGACUGCAGCUCAAGAUGACCAGGGGAAUGAUGCCUGUGUGACUUCUGGUUCACCUCCUGUCCCUGACUCAGUUACUAAAGGUUUACAUGUUUCAUCAAGGAGGUGUGUGAAGAGACCAUGGUCUGAGGAGGAGAUAGGAGCGGUGAUGAAACAUAUGAAGCCUUUUAUUGAAAACGGUAUCACUGUCACCAACCAGCAGUGUCUGAAGUGCAAAGAAAAGGAACAACCUAUCUUGGAGACGAGAUCUAUUCAAAACAUUCGAGAUUUUGUGCGCAACAGAGGACUGGCCUUUAAAAAAAAUAAAUAAAUGUUAAACACUAAAUGCACUUUUUGACAGUCUGAGCCUUUACCUUUCUGGGCCUGAUUUCAAGGUUAGUGUUCUCCAUUCAAAAAGUAUGUAGUUGACUUCACUGUGCUCACAGGCAGUGUUUUGUUUUGAUGUGUGGUUAGCCUGAGUCUUUUAAUGCCAGGAUUCACUUUUAUUUUCCUUCAAUAAUUGUUACAAUGCUGUCCUUUUAAGGAAUUGAUUAUUGAGUUGGUUAUAUUAAAUAUAGUUCAGUAAUUCAACAAAUGUGUUGUGUGUUGAUAUAAGUCUUAUGUAUAAGUCAUGGUGUCAGCCCGACUCACCCCUGGUGUGCAAAGGUGCUGUUUUAUUGG